AGCAUUAUAAUAUCAUUAUCAUAGGCAUAUUCUUUCUACCAUUUCUGCUACAUGCACCUUCCUCCCUCUUUCCAAGAUGACCAAUUUAGCUUCUCCAAUGGUCCAAGUUACAACUUCUGAAUUAUAUAACCAACCUUUCAUCCACCUUCUUAAACCAUAAUAACAAGUUUUCUAAUCUUCGUAGGCUAAAUAAAAACUUAACAAUUUUAACUUAACCUUGUAGAAGCAAUGGCUCUUCCUCAAAUUUCACAGAGUAAUAGCAUUAGCAACUCAACUUCUCCCUUAUUUGGUUUGAUAGACCUUUUCCUAUACUUAACAUUUUUCAACAAAAUCCACAAUUUUUUCUCAAGUAUAUGGUUUUUCCUUCUUUGCCAAAUUCAUUCUGGUAGCUCAGAGGUAAGAGAGGAGAAGAAGGUUUCAGAAUCUAAGUGUAGCAGUCAAGAGAAUGAGUCAAAUAUUGGCAGAGAUAAUGGUGACAUGAUUGAAAGAGAUGAAGUGAAAAUGGUGAUGGAAAAAAUGGGAUUUUUUUGCAGCUCAGAAAGCGAGGAACUUGAAGAAAAGUAUGGUUCCAAGGAGCUUUGUGAAGUGUUUGAAGAGAAUGAGCCUAGUUUGGAGGAGUUGAAGCAAGCUUUUGAUGUUUUUGAUGAGAACAAAGAUGGUUUUAUUGAUGCAAAGGAGUUGCAAAGAGUUCUUGUUAUUUUGGGAUUGAAACAAGGAUCAGAAUUUGAGAACUGCCAAAAGAUGAUCACAAUUUUUGAUGAAAAUCAAGAUGGAAGAAUUGAUUUCAUUGAGUUUGUAAAUAUUAUGAAAAACCACUUCUGCUGCUGAUCUGUUUGUUGUUCCCUUAUUUAAGAAGGAUAUUCAUAUAAUAUAACAUAAGCUUAGUUGAUGUUUGCAUCCA